CGCGCCGCGACACGGGCUGUGCUUGCAAGUUUGACCUUCCACGUCCUGUACUGUCACAAACGUCGCUUUCCGAGUUCAUUCCCGCAGAGCCCAGACUCUUACGUUGCGUCCACGAUGAACAAGUUGACCCAGAAUCUACUGGAAGUAAUGAAGGCCAUGUCCAAAGUUCCCGGUUUUGAUAGAGUUUUGGAAAAGGUGACACUUGUCUCUGCCGCUCCUGAGAAAAUAAUCUGUGAACUGAAGGUAGAAGAACAGCAUGCUAAUAAGUUGGGUACUCUGCAUGGAGGCUUGACAGCAACCUUAGUGGACAGCAUAUCAACCAUGGCUCUGAUGUGCACAGAGAGAGGGCUGCCCGGAGUCAGCGUUGACAUGAACAUAACGUACAUGUCACCUGCUAAAAUAGGAGAAGAAAUACUGAUCACAGCAUAUAUUCUGAAGCAAGGAAAGACACUUGCAUUUGCCUCGGUGGAUCUGACCAACAAGGCCACAGGAAAAUUAAUAGCACAAGGCAGACACACAAAACACCUGGGAAACUGAGGGAUCAGCUGAAUGACCCAAAGCCACCC